GACGUCAUCACAACGCGACGACGCGCUGUUUUACGUCAUAACUGCGACUGGCGGGUGUAGCAGUAGCCGGGCGGCACCAUGCUCAAGGUAAUUCGGCUGGGGGCCACCCCAGUAAGCCUGAGCUUGCUUUCUAUCCAGGUUUAUGCUUCCUCUUCAGAGAAGGGAACGUCCAAAAAAGUGUUGCUGAAAAUUGAUGAGCUGUCACUCUACUCCUCUCCAGCUCGUGAGACUAAAUAUGUGGAGAAUCCACAAACCCAAUUGGAGGAGGGGGUUUCACAGCUACGGCAUGCUAUGGAGCCAUACACAGCCUGGUGCCAGGAUCUUUAUGCCAAAGCUAUGCCCAAAUUAGAGAAAGCUGUUGAGCAUGGUAGAGAGGGCUGUGAAUUUCUGCAAAACCCCCCUGCUGGAUUUUACCCUAGGCUCGGUGUGGUAGGUUUUGCUGGAAUUCUUGGAUUGUUUCUUGCCAGAGGAUCAAAAAUAAAGAAGUUGGUGUAUCCUGCAGGUUUCAUGAGUAUUGGUGCUUCCAUGUAUUAUCCUCAACAAGCAGUUGCUAUUGCAAAGGUUGCUGGUACCCAUCUGUAUGACUGGAGUCUUCAGGGAUAUAUUGCUGUAGAAUCUCUUUGGAAGGAUAAUCCUAAAAAGAAGAAGUCUGGGAAAAAAGGUGAUAAGAAUGAAGUGGAGGGUGACAAGCCCCUGGAAGUCCACGCCGCUUCAAAUGAAGAGCGAGCCCUGAAGUAGAACACCAGAUCACUUGAUGUCAAACAGUUGUGCCCUUUUGACUUCAGGCGAAUAAAAAUAUAGAUAGAAGCAACGAGUUCCUAGGAAAAAGAGGACAGCCAUUGGAAUCCAUUUUGAAUGUGACUAAUCUGCCUUCUGCCUCAGGAAAGACUGCCAAUGUGCUGCUUGGGCUUCUGCAAUGGUAUUUGUGAAAGGACGCUGUAUUUUGGGUCAAUCUUGAGACCUUGUCCUCUGUUCUGCAGUGGGAGUUAAGUCUGCCAUGCUUGUCCUGUUGCAGGAUCAGCACCGCAAGUAGCAAGUCCCAAAAUUCCUCAGUCUUGUUAUUAUUUAUGUAUAAAAUAAAAUUCCUAUUACAUAAAA